AUCGAAACUCUUCGUCACUGAACUCGAAAUGGUCGGCUUUCUGCUCACAGUAAAGCAUUCCGUUCAAGCAAAGGCAGGGUGAGAGGAGGAAUGCGAAUACCCUCGGCUCCGCCCCGCACCGAAUGGACGACUCUUCCUCUCCCACACUCCGUCUCGAGAACGAUGGGGUUCUCGAGAGGCGGGAAACUAGACAGAUGGACAGCAGAGCAAUCCAUCCUUUUUGUCGUCAAUGUUCUGCGAGCCGGAAAGCUCAUGCGUGUCAGGGAGCGCAUGCAUGCUCUCGGAGGCUGGGGUUUGGCGGUAAGGGGAAACGGGACGGCCGCGUUAGGCGACGGUGGAGUGCGCCGGACGUCAUCUGUGCGGCGUUCACGAGGAGUCCAGUUGGCCUCCUUGAAACAAGCCCUCUGAAGCUGGCGUACGCUACAAAGCUCCGAAAUCUGCAGUAGCUCUAACCUGUAGUCUUCACCCCACGGCACAGCUCUCGCUAGUAGUCUUCACCACACGGGAAAUCAUGGCUCCUGCUGGAGAACCUUCCGACAAGACCUCCACGGGCGGCAAAAGCCAGCCAGGUUCGGAAGAGGACAGGCAAGCGUACUUCGCGAGAAGAGUGCUUCGUCUUUGGACAGGCGGACAAGCCACGACCAUACAGGAGCUGCUGGACAUCCGCGCCCACCGCUCCCAGUGGCUGAGGGAGCGGACGCUGGCGACGGCAGUGGGCGUGAGGAUAAAGAACGGGCGGUACACGGACCAGCCCGCCAUCCUCGCCUUCGUCUCCUCCAAGGUGCAUCCCAACUGGCUGCCUCCGGAUCGUCUGCUGCCGCCUCGUCUGGACGGGGAGGGCUCGCUGUGGUGCCACCUGGACGUGCUCGAGUUCGCCUGCCUGCCCGGUGGACAGCCAUCCGUGGACCGAGCGAGGGCGCAGGAGUUGAGCAGUGACCUCGUGGACGAUCUGCGCGGCUGCAGCGCCGUGCUUGGGCCGGGCUCGCAGGUGGCAUGUGACGGUACCUUUGCCACCAUGGGCCCUAUAGUCAUCAACAACUCAGCGCCUCAUCAGCUGGGCUUCCUCACCAACUGCCACGUGGCAGGCUCGUCCCCAGAGGAGUCGGAGGGUCGGUGCCUGUACCACCCGCACUCCCCGAGCCACGGCCCCGGCGUGCCUGUCGGGGAGGUUCGGCGCGUCGUGUCGUUCCGAAGCGACUUUGAGUGGUUCGGCUUCUACAUCAACCAAAUGCCGGACGUUCGAGUGCGCGUGGACGGGGCAUUCGCCGCCUUUGCCCCCAGCAUCCGUGUGGAUCAGAUCACCAUGCAUGCGCGGGGCGUGCCUGGGGAGGUGGGGCCACUCUUGGAGAUAUCGCCCUUGUGGCCCGUCACUGCCCUCGUCUCACACCAGGUGGCCAAGGUGGGGCGCAGCUCAGGCCUUACCUGCGGCACGGUGAUGGCGUAUGCCAUUGAAUACUAUGUGGACUGCAGGCGCGCAUAUGCCUCCGACCUCCUCAUCCGCAGCAACAAUGACGCGCCCUUUGACCUGGAGGGCGAUGCGGGCAGCACCGUCUACCUGCAGCAGGCAGUGGAGACAGGGAGCAGGAGGGUAGAGGAGGAUAGCGGGCGGGGAGAAGCGCUGGGGAGUGGGAGAGCAGAGGAGAGGAGUGGGAGAGCAGAAGAGAGGAGUGGGAGAGCAGAGGAUAGGAGGGGGAGAGCAGAGGAGAGGAGUGGGAGAGCAGGGGCAGCAGGAGAACCAGGAGCAGCAGGAGGAGCAGCAGGAGCAGCAGCAGGAGGAGGUAAUGGUGAACCGUGGGGAGGUCAACAGCCAGCGAUAGACGAUGGGGAGGCACAAGAUGAGACAGAAGGAGGGAGGAACGUGCAACGAGAGGCGGAAGGAGGGGCAGGCCUGCAUGGGGCCAGGCGUGGGGGUGGAGAGGGUGGGGAGGAGGAGGGACUAGAGGAUGGUCUUGUGGAUGGAUGCACUGGGGAAGGUGAAGGCAGCGGCGAUGGUGGGGUUGGGGGUGGUGGGAAUGGGGGUGGGGGUGAUGGUGGUGGGGGGGGAGGUGUUAGAACGGGGAGACGGAGAGGAGGAGGGGGGGACAGAAGAGGAGAGAUUCGGGGGAUGAGGAUUCGAGAGGAGGGAGUGGGAGCAGAGGCGGGAGCAGUGAUGGGAGCAGGCGCUGCAGCGGGAGGGCACACAGCAGAACGGGAGGACCUGAGGCUGGGGGGAGGAGGAAGAGGAGGAAGAGGCAGCGGCAGCAGAGGAGAUGCAGGAAGGGAAGGAGGCGCUGCACAGGAUAGAAGCACGGGCGGCGAGUGGCGGCCGUUUGCGCUGGUAUGGGGCGGCACGGGGCGGCACGGGAGGGUGACGAGGUGGAGUGGCAAGCAGCCCGAGCACUGGACCACCGCCGUGGAUCUGCACCGCCUCAUGGCGCACCUCCACGUCUCCCCCGCUCCUCCCCUCCCUCUCACGUCCAUGGCUCCCCGGCACCUGCAGGCUGCACUCGGGAGGGGUAUGGCUUCUGAUGAGUAGCUCUGGAGAGGGUGCCUCGUGAAGUACUAGAGCACUGGACCAUGGCUGUGGACUUCCACCGCCUCAUGGCCCUCCUCCACGUCUCCCCAGCACUGCCACACCUCACCGUCUCCCGGGUGCCCACAGCCCAUGCAUGGCAGUUGAGGCGGUGAGGAUUGAGGUGUUGAAUGGGACUGGAGGGGCAGGGCUUUCAUCGGGUAGCUCAGAGUACUGGACCACAACCAUGGACCUGCACUGCCUCAUGACCCACCUCUAUUUCUCCCCUGCACCUUCAAAUUCAACAGGUACCGUAGCUCGUGCUGGUCCUGGUGCUGGUGCUGGUGCUGGUGCUGGUGCUGGUGCUGGUGCUGGUGCUGGUGCUGGUGCUGGUGCUGGUGUUGGUGCUGGUGCUGGUGCUGGUGCUGCCACAGCUGCUGCUGCUGCUGCUGCUGCUGCUGCUGCUGCUGCUGUGGCUGCUGAUAGUGGUGCUGAUGGUAAGGGGUUUGAGGACAGGAAGUGCGUUGGUCCGGUGAAUGUGUAGUGCAGCUUGGAAAUGUUUGAACCUGGCAGCAGGGCUGACGUUUCAAAAAAUAGCACCCUGAGCUGUCGAAUGUGGAAAAAAAUUUACCCUGAGGGCCAAGUGUUGGAAUUUUGACUUCCCUGAUUUCUCAGUGUUUUGGAA